CGCAGGCUCAUAUGUCCCAGAAUUCAUUUGGGUGCGGACGCACAUGCGUACUGGGUUGAUAGUUCAAGAUGGCGGACGCCGCGGUUUUGAAUGUUAAGAAAYUGAAGGUGGCUGAAUUAAAGAAGGAAUUGGCUCUGCACAGCUUAGAUACCAAAGGAAACAAGAGCGAACUUCAAGCUCGGCUCAAAGACUUCCUUCAGCAACAAGGUUUAGAUGUAGAUCAUACCGAAGAAGAAGAAGGAGAAAACGAUAUUGAUGAUGAGCUGGACCAUGAAGAGGCAGAAGAUCUGCUUGCUGAUGAGAGUUUAGAACAAAAAACGGACAUCAUAGCAGCAGACAUUGAUGUAGAAAAAAAGGAUCCAAUCACAACAGAAGAUGAAAAACAAGAUACUGCUCCUGUUAGUGCUGUUAAGAAAACAAUAGCAUUAGAAGAAUCYGUCAAACCUCAGACUGAAGAAGAGAAACGAUUGCAAAGGAUGAAAAGAUUUGGAGGUGCAGCUAAUGAAGAAGAUAAAAAAGUACUACGAGCUCAAAGGUUUGGCACUAGUACUGGUUCUUUCUCUCCAUCUCUGGAGUCAACAGAUUUAUCAAAACUUAAAAAACGUGCUGAAAGAUUUGGUGCAGUUUCCCCAGUWGUAACGAAGGUUGAUGAGCAAGAGAAACUWAUGAAAAGAAAAGCUCGAUUUGGCACAUCGUUAACAUCAUCAUCAAAUGACUCUUUAGAGUCAAAGAAGAAAAAGCGYGCAGAACGUUUCCAGCUAUAGUGUUGACAGACUCUAGGGUGCUGAAAAUGUAAAUAUUACAUAGGAAUACAUGUAUUUGAGAAGGAAACCAUCUUUAACUAUCAAUGCAGUAUUUUAAKACUGACAUCUUUUGUGAAUUUGUACAAGAUUCUUUCAAGGAGUAUUUGUCGAAGAGAAUAGAGAAUGCUGAAUGUAAUUUUAUGAACCUAUCAAAGGUACAGUAGUCAAUAUUGUAAACCUUUGACAACCUUSAGACCAGUGCCAUCUCAGGAUGGGUGUCUUUCCUCUUUUUGUAAAAAUCCUAAAUAGUUUGAUAUAAACACUAAUGUUCAUUCUUGAAUUUUAACUUCUCUUUAUCAAUUCUUUUGUAUUUGGUGUUCUACAGUACUUUUUAUUAAGUAUCUUUUAAUAUCUUUUUAAAAAUGCCUGUUUAGUGCAUGGUAGAAUACAUGUAGUUAGCAAAUACACUGRCUGAAAACCUGAGGGGCUUCGAAACAACUUGUAGUUUCUCUUUGUGAUGUAAUGAACAUGGUACAAUAUACGAAUAAGUUAAUAUACAAUCUACACCCCCUUGUUCAACAAUGAAAGAAUGGUAUUGCUAAGUAUUGUUUUUAUACCUUCUCAAUUAGUGCURCAUAUCAUAUCACAGUAAGCUCCUGUUAACUUAGACUGUGGAAAUUACAGAUUGAUCACUGGCAACUCCUUGUUCUGAAAUUAACUGUUCCAGUUCUAAUGUGUGGUGCCCUCAAUGUAUCUUUUGUUAUUCUCUUAUCAGAGAAACAGAGUGUUUAUUCUAAAUMUGYAGAGUGGUUUUCARUAACCUGCAAAAUAUACGUUAGGGUACUACGCUUUAUUAUUUGUUAAGUGUCUUUUUCACACAUCGUUAUGCUUUGGCUAUUAGACUUUGUUUUACAAGUUAUGAAACCRCUCUAAAAUGACUAGCAGUACUUGAAUACAGUAAGCAUUACUUUACCGAGGCAAUAGAAAACAAAGGAGUUAGUACUAUCAUGGCCGAUGGAAAAUGACGCUAAGAAAUAAUGUGUAAUUAAACAUUGUUUUUACAACAGUUAAUAAAAGUUUUGCUUUGUUAUG